AUGGCCGACUACGAGAAGCAGACGUCCGUCGAGCAGGAAAUGGCCACGCAGGUCGAGAAGCUGGGACCUGAGAAGGCUGCUAUCGUCGCCGCGCAGCAUUUCGAGCACCCAACGCCGGAUGAGGAAGCCAAGGUUAUUCGGAAGCUCGAUCGCAGACUGUUGCCAUUGGUGUUCGUCCUGUAUUCCCUCGCUGUGCUCGAUCGCAGCAAUUUGGGCAAUGCCCGUCUGGCCGGUCUGCAGAAGGAUAUUGACAUUGCUGGCGAAAGGUACGCCUGGCUCGGAACAAUCUUCUACAUCUCCUACAUUCUCUUCCAGUGGACGCAGAUGGGCUGGAAGCAGUUCAAGCCUCAUAUCUGGUGUGCUUCGGUUGUCCUCCUCUGGGGCUUCGUUGCCACGAUCCAAGCUGCUGCAAAGUCUUGGGGAGGCUUGAUGACCUGCCGCUUCUUCCUCGCUAUCGCAGAAGCAGCAUUUGGGCCCGGCGUCCCACUAUAUCUCAGCUUCUUCUACCCUCGGGACAAAGUUGGCUUCAGACACGGCGUUUUUAUUUCUGGAGCUGCUAUGGCUAAUGCCUACGGUGGCGUGCUUGCCUACGGUAUUACGCAGAUCAAAGGGUCGCUCGCGCCCUGGAAGAUUCUGUUCUUGAUCGAGGGACUGCCGACCUGCUGCUUUGCGGUCAUCGUAUGGUUCUUCCUUCCCGACGGUAUCCUGCAAGCACGGUUCUUAAACGAACGUGAGAAGCAGGUGGCACUGCACUUCGUGGCCAGGAAUCAGCGUAUUGAUGUUGGCAAGGAACAAGGCCUGCGAUUCAAGGAAGUACUCGAGGGUAUCCGCGAUCCAAAGUCCUGGAUUCCUGGUAUGAUGUACUUCGGCUGCAACGUAUCGUACGCAUCACUUCCUCUGUUCGUGCCAACGAUCAUCUCCUACUUGGGUAAAUGGGACAAGGCACAGUCCAAUGGACUCUCGGCACCACCAUACCUUCUAUGCUUCUUCUACAUCAUCGGGGUCUGCUUCCUAUCAGAUCGUCUCAAGAUGAGAGGCCCGUUCGUUGCUCUGUCUGGGAUAAUCGGUGCCAUCGGCUUCCUCAUUCUCGCCACAGCCACGAAAACCGGCGUGAGGUACUUUGCAAUCUUUAUGGCUGUACAGAUCUUCGCAGCCGUGGCUCUACUACUGGCUUGGACAGCCAAUAUCCACGCAACAGAAAGUAAGCGCGCAGGCGGGUAUGCAGUCCUCGCUACGCUCGGACAAUGUGGUCCGUUACUCGGUACAAACGUCUUCCCAGACUCGGAGAAGCCUUUCUUCCGCAAAGGCAUGUGGAUCUCAGCAGCCUUCUGCUUGCUCGUGGCUGUUCUGGCAUGCUGCCUGAGUUUGUGGCUCAUCCAUGAGAACAAGAAGAUGGCCAAGGAGGGCAUGCCAGAAGUCGAAGAGUUUGAGGAUACCUCUGUAGCGAGGGAGAGUGGAAGGCAUGAGAAGCAUCGGUACAUAUGGUAA